UGCGCCAUGAGGCUCAGGCACCAGGAUCAACGCUGUGCGGCUCUUUUGCAGCUAGUGAGGAACGAGAAACACACUCGUCGGUAUUAAACCUGAACCGAAGCAGCUGCACAUCAGCGUCAUACCACUAGUCAGAAGCCGCCGUCGACCAUGAUGAACGGACAGAUGAACGGUUUCCACAACUCCCUCAUUGACGAGGACUGCUUCUUGUUCACCUCAGAGUCGGUCGGGGAAGGACACCCCGACAAGAUCUGUGAUCAGAUCAGCGAUGCGGUUCUGGACGCCCACCUCAAGCAGGAUCCCGAUGCCAAAGUUGCAUGUGAGACCGUUGCCAAGACUGGGAUGAUCCUUUUGGCCGGUGAGGUAACAUCUCGUGCCACUGUAGACUAUCAGAAAGUUGUCCGGGACACAAUCCGCCAAAUCGGAUAUGAUGACUCAUCCAAAGGCUUCGACUAUAAGACCUGCAACGUUCUUGUGGCUUUGGAGCAGCAGUCUCCUGACAUCGCUCAGGGUGUCCACGUUGACCGCAAUGAGGAGGACAUCGGAGCUGGUGACCAGGGCUUGAUGUUUGGAUAUGCCACGGAUGAGACUGAGGAGUGCAUGCCUCUCACAAUUGUCCUUGCCCACAAGCUGAACGCUAAGAUGGCUGAACUGCGCCGUGAUGGCACUCUUCCCUGGCUCCGGCCAGACUCAAAGACACAGGUCACUGUGCAGUACCGCCAGGACCGCGGCGCCAUGCUCCCGGUGCGGGUGCACACCAUUGUUGUCUCUGUGCAGCACGAUGAGGACAUUUGCCUGGAGGAGAUGAGAGAUGCCUUGAAGGAGAAGGUCAUCAAAGCUGUUGUGCCCUGCAUCUAUUUGGAUGACGACACCAUCUAUCACCUGCAGCCUAGUGGACGAUUUGUCAUAGGGGGUCCGCAGGGUGAUGCUGGCCUCACUGGACGUAAAAUCAUUGUUGACACUUAUGGAGGCUGGGGAGCGCACGGUGGUGGAGCCUUCUCUGGGAAGGAUUACACUAAGGUUGACCGCUCUGCUGCUUAUGCUGCACGCUGGGUGGCCAAGUCUCUAGUGAAAGCUGAGCUCUGCAGAAGAGUUUUGGUCCAGGUGUCCUAUGCCAUUGGAGUUGCCCAUCCCCUCUCCAUUUCGAUCUUUCACUACGGGACAUCCAACAAGAGUGAGAGGGAGCUGCUUGACAUUGUGAAGAAGAACUUUGAUCUCCGUCCUGGAGUCAUCGUAAGGUAAUGUAUAACCCCGACACCACCUGCUACCUCAGCAUCUGGCUCGCUCCUUUCUUCGGGCCUUGAAUUGGCCUUUUGUGUGUUUUUUUUACUUGGGUAUUUGAUUUAAAAGUUGGUGAAUUAAGAGAUUUAUUGUGAAAACUGCACAGCUGCAGUUUUUCCUUUGCCACAGCUGGUGCUUUCACCUCUGAUCUUAAAGCUGAGUUUGCCUUAUUACUUAAAUACAUACUCACAUGGGUAUUAGUUUGGGCUAAAGUCACAUUUUUUGGGGCAGAUACAAAUGUUGCCUGACUUAAUGAAGCCUUCUAGCUUCUAGUUAGAUAAGCAUUUUCUCCACAAAUUGAGGGCGGUAUCCAUCUGCAAGCUACAGUGUCCAGUUUGGAUGGCAGGGUAAGUGUUGAAGCUUCACGUGUUUCCCACGUUACCAGCCGCUCUAGUUAACCCUGGUUUUUAUUUUGGUAGCUCUCGACACACUCCACUGGCCAAUAUGAGCGUAAUGCCUGUGUGUGAGUAUGAACGUGUGCAUCUGCCUUUUCCCACUGACUGCUGCUAAAUAUGUUGAUUAUGUAUUCCAGGGAGCUGGAUCUGAAGAGGCCCUUGUAUCAGAAGACCGCAGCGUAUGGCCACUUUGGCCGAGACUCCUUCCCAUGGGAGGUGCCCAAAAAACUAAAAUGCUAAACCUGUUAAGCUUUUCCCCCCCAGGCUUGUUGGUGUAUACUACAGAGAAGCCUCCAAGGUUCCAGGGGGUGAAAUGCACUUAUCUCUCAAAAUAAUGGUAUCAUUUAACACAUGACUCCUUCCUCUAAGCUCCACUUCCCUCCCUUGUCUUGUUUCUGUUUUCUGCUGGUCUCAGUAUCUUGCUGGGUCUUAGGAGGCAUGCCUCAGAAUCUGUUAAACUAUUGGAUGGGUUCCAUGAACCCAUGCACUGUAGUACUUCAUGUUCUCCCACGUCUUGAGGUUCCCUGCUUCUCGUUGUGAUAGGCCCUGAAUAGCUGUGUUCUUUUGCUUUUUUGGCAUUCCACACUCGUCAAUAGUGUCAGCCUUUUAAUCAGUGUCACGGCGGGAGCAUAUUGGGCAAUAUGCAACACCCCAUGUAAUAUACUGGUGCUACAAAAUGAAUCUGCAUCUUAAAAUGUUCUCGUCCAUUUAAAAGCAGAAUUUGAAAGUAGGAGAUCCUGUUAUUUGGCAUCUUCCCAAACCUAUUUAGCGUUAUUCUAAACAUUCCUCCUCGUCAGUCUGACCCACUGUUCUUUUUCCUUUUUUUGUUGGCUUUAUUCCCUCGUCUUUGUGGAGGAUGUUAGAAUGGCACAAUUAAAAUUGAAGGGUUGUUGCUUUUUGUCACUAGAAAUGCUAUGCAUUGCAGGAUAUGGGGUGCGCCAAAUUGUAAUUAUAUAAGCUCUUACAUGAGCCUAAAACCUCAGAUGCCCCUACAGACCGUUGCUGUUUUCUGACGUAAUACAGAAAAGUCAGAAGCUGCUAUGUCACUGCUCUGGUCUGCAGAGGUAUUGAUUUAUACUUGACGAUUGGUAAAAUUGGAUUGUUUAUGCAUUGAAUUCAAUUUUAAGUGAGCCCUUUUUAAAAUGUAGUCUCGCAAGCUUUUUUUAUGGUUUGACUGAAAGCCCCUUUUACCCCUCUAUGUAUAUAGAUGGCAGGUGUAGCUACAGAGAAACCUGGCUCCCAUCUGUAUCCUGAAAGGGUGUGUUCUUAUUGAUCUUAUUGGCUAGGAAUCAAACCUCGUCACUAUUUAUUUGUUCUCUGAAACGCGGCGUGGAUACAGAGAAGCCGAUAUUUCAGAAGGCAGCUUUAGAAACAUUGAAUCUUGAAUUCCUGCUGACUUGAUCAGUUUUCAGUGUUUUGCUUGAGGCCCCAGAGUGUACUACAGAAAAGCUUUGGUCUGCCUCAAGAGAACUUGUCACUGACUAGAAUUAAUGACGAUUUUACAACCAUUUAAUUUUUUAGACCACAGAUGUUAUCUUUAAGUGGAUUAGUUUAAAAUCCCCUGAAUGUCUGGUGCAAUUUUCUGGCUCUGGCCUAUCUUCAUGAAUGGGAUGGCAACAUUUGGUUGGUGUAGUACAGAGAAACCAGCCUUGUUUACAUAGCCAUCCCCAUGUGUUGGAUAGAGUUGGUUUGUUGUUCCCUUGUACCACUCAAGAGCAUCCUGUUGGCUACAGUAAGUUAAGAGUGCCUUUUCUAUUUCCUCCUCUCCUCAUUUCUUUUUUUUUUCUCCUCCCACCAACAUGCGUUAAACUUCCAGAGGAACAAGUAGCUCAAACUGUUAUCCUUCAUGUCUACAUGGGUAGUUUCUUUAUGCUCUGUAAUAAACAACUACUCCUUAAAAGUU